AUGACAAGGAACAGCUCGACGAGCUCUUUCAAAGCAUUGGAGGCAAACCAAGUUGCAGACUGGGUAGAGCAACUGGACUUGGAAAAUCAAGCAUUGCGGGAGUGCAUCUCUCGCUGCGCGGACACGCUUAUCAAUAGGGACCUGGCGAAUGAAGACAGGGACUCGGCAAGUUCACGCAGGAAAGGGCUGGCUGUAUUGCUGGAGGCGAGUGAUGUCCAUGCUGCGACGCACAUGCCUUCACCGGCUCACCUUCGUGCCAAGCAGCUGCUGCAGAGCCGGGUACUCAAGUCAGGCACGAACGCGAACUUCUUCGAGCAUGGACAAGUGUCACUGGAUCUGGAGCUGGAUCGAUCUAGCGUGUUGAUGGAAGAGCAGCUUCGUCAUGAGAGGACACGAUUCACUUCAUUGGAUGUCGAAGUCGAUGCGCUGCAGCGCGACCUGACGGCAACUCAGGAAAGGCAGCAAACCCUGGAGAAUGCAGAGCUCGAAGAGAGGCUACGCCAUGAUGCCCUGAUCACAUCCGAAAUGCGUCAGAUGCAACUUGAGCUGUUCCAGCUAGACGAGGAAGCUUCGACCCUUGGCCCCAAGUUGCAGCAGAUGGAGUUGCACGGGAGGGCUGUCAAAGCUCUCGGGCGACUGCUGAAGUUCAUAACGCAGGAGGGCCUGGCGCGCGAGGCUCUUUGGCGCUGGCGUUGUUUGCUGCCGCCCUGA